AUGCUCGACCACGCCCUGGAGCACAGCCGCAGGUGUGGCCCCGCCCCCUCCCCCCCGGCCACGCCCCUCCCCCCCCCGCAGCGGCUGCGCUUCAGCGUCGGCCCCGAGAUCUCACCUGAGCUGGAGCGCGCCAAGAGACACCUGGACAGCCUGGCGGCCGACGUGGAGCUGCACUGCCUGAGCCACCCUGGCUUCGGCCCGGGGGCGGGGCCGCACGGCCACGCCCUGGUGCAGGUGGGGCUGCAGGUGGCCUUCUACAGGGCCCACGGCUCCCUGUGUGCCAGCUGCGAGCCGCUGUCCCUGCGCCGGGUCCUACCUGGCUGCACCGACCUGCUGCGCCCACCUGGGCCGCCCUGCCUGGCGCUGGCCCGCGCCCUCGACGACCCCGACGCCCAG